AUGGUUACUCUACAAGGUACGGCGAGUGCCAGCGAAACGCCUAGCUUCUCGGCCACAUUACCUGCUCAUAAUAAUAAACUGACGCAAUGCUUUGAUGACAUAAUGAAAGUGGCCGCUGAGAUGAUGGUUCAGCAGCAGCUAAAAACUGUUCAGUUAGAUACAUCUGUUAUCAAUGGCUUCAGUGAGGCACAACAAAGAGUCUUGAGCGAGAAGGUUCACUUGUUUCAUUCAAUCCUGGACGAUUUGGAGACAACUUUAUCAAAGAGUAAAAGCUACAUUGGGGCCAUAUACGAAAUUGCUGUUGAAAAGGAGAAGGAGAGAGAACGGAAAAGGAUAGACCAGCGCAGGAAGCAGGAGGAAGAAGAGCAAAGGAAAAAUAGAGAACUGGAAGAGUUGAAGAGCCGUCAGUUGUCGGGGCAAAGUAUUGAGGACAACCGAAUAGAGUCUGAAAACAGGACAGAGUUUUCGAGAGAUAGAACGAAUGGCAUGCUGGUGGCGAAUUUGGGAGACGAUCGUCGAAACAUAAAUGGCUCACCAAAUAUGGUGAUGAGCGCGCAAUCUCAAAUAGCGAUGACGCCUGGUGAUUCUCAACAGCAGUCCCCACGAAAUUCACAAGGACAACCAACGCAAGGAGACGAUAUGGGAGAAAUCGGAAACAUGGACAUUUCAAUGUUUCCUGGUCUCGAUAAUACAGGAUUUGACAUUGGUAGUUUCGGUACAGGGAUUAACGGAUCGGAGAAGAACGGAGAUAAAAGCACAGAACCCAUAAAUACUUUCGAAAAACCAUCUGGCACCACUGAUAAUAACCUUUCUGAGAAUCCAGAGGCGGGCUAUAUGGCUGACAAUGGAGAAAAUUAUUUGACGCUGAACGAUUUUAACGACUUGAAUAUAGAUUGGGCAGCUAAUGGCGAUAAUGGCGAUCUUGACUUGAACGGGUUCAACAUUUGA